UCUGCUCGAACUCGACGGUUCUCAGGACUCGGACGUCGUGUCACUCGUGCAGCAUCAGUCUGUUGAUGUCGUGUCCGUCGAGAUUCAAACAGACGCCGCGUUCCGUGGCUCAGGACUGCAGGUACUACGUCAGAACUGCCAGUUUGAAGCUGCCGAUCAGCGGCUGCAGCUUCGAGUGCUACCAGCAGGUGGAGCUGAAGAGAUGCUGUCCUGGUUACUGGGGGCCGGACUGUGUCGAAUGUCCUGAUCGAGCCGACAGACCCUGCAGCAGCCGAGGAGUCUGCUCCGAUGGACUGACAGGGAACGGGACCUGCACCUGUCAGGACGGGUUUGCAGGUACAUCAUGUGAGGACUGUUCUCCAGGUAGAUUUGGUUCCACCUGUAGUUCAGAGUGUUCCUGUGUUCAUGGCCUCUGUGACUCUGGAUUAAAAGGUGACGGGCACUGCACCUGUUUCUCUGGAUACAAAGGUCCAAACUGCGACCAGGAGGUUCCGGAGUGUGCGGCGCUCAGGUGUCAGCAGAACUCUCGUUGUAUGGAAGACGCUCUGACGGGUCAGUUAGGAUGUCAGUGUCUACCAGGUCACCAGAGGUCAGGAGAUCAGUGUUUAUCAAUAAACCCGUGUCUUCAGAGGGUCUGUCACACCUACGCCUCCUGCGUCCACACGGGUCCGAACCAGCACCUGUGCGCCUGUAAUGAGGGUUACAGCGGCGAUGGACGAGUCUGCAUGGCCAUCGAUCCGUGUCAGACCAAACAAGGAGGCUGCUCCGCCGAGUCCACGCAAUGCAUCUACGAAGGACCAGGGAAGUCUCACUGUGAGUGUCUUCCUGGCUUCGACAACCUGUCAGACGGCGGCUGCAGCCUGAAGGACGCCUGUCGACCAGGUUCCUGUCACAAGAACGCCAACUGCUCGACCGUGGGCCUGGGACGAGUCCAGUGUACCUGUCUCCAGGGCUACGUAGGUAAUGGUAAAGUGUGCUACGGGGACAUCAUGCAGCGUCUGAACGAGCUGAACACGGAGCCUGCUGGACAGUGGAGGGGUCAACUGAGCAACGCCAUCGCUCUGUUUGGUUCUCUGUCGUGGCCUCUGCAGAACCUGGGUCCAUUCACGGUUUUCAUCCCAAUCAAUAAAGGUUUCAAAGGAACUUUGAUGAGGACUCUGCUCGCCGACUCAUCUAAAGCGAAGUACCUGUGUAAGAUGCAUCUGGUUGCCGGGGUGAUGCCAUUUGACGCUCUGAAAAAAACAGACGUCUUUUUCACCCUGACGGGAAAAUCAGCCGAGGUGGACUCAUCGGAGGGGGAUGCACAGACAAAGAUUCGUAUCCAUGGCAGCAGAAAGAAAGGCGUGAUCAUCCAGUCCGAUGUCGUGGCAUCCAACGGGAUGAUCCAUGUCAUCAAUAAGCUGAUGGACAGUGUCUCGUCAACCGUGGAGAGCAAUCCUGAGGAGAACCUGAUGAAGAUCAUCUCUGACUAUGGAAAGUUUGACAAGUUCAAGUCUUUGUUGGAGAAAACUCAGCUGGCAUCCAUCUUGGAUCUUCCAGGGCCGAUCACUGUCUUCGCUCCGACCAGCUCAGCCUUCGACGCCAUGACUGACGGACACUUGACGUACUUGAGCAGCACUGAGGGUCACAACAAACUGGUGGAGCUUCUCAGGAACCACAUCGUCCCGUCCACCGCCCUGGAAGUCUACAACGCUGUUUCUGGCCCCAGAAUUGUGACGAAGGCGAAUCAGGUUCUGACGAUAAACGUGACAGGAAACGGUCAGAUCCUGGUUAACGGAGCAGCGGUGUUGGAGUCAGCGGUGGAAGCCAGGAAUGGACGUCUCUAUGUGCUGGAUGGAGUUUUGACUCCGCCUUCCAUCGAACCCGUGCUGCCUCACAGGUGUGACAUCACCGAGUCCACGAUCGUCCGGGGCGAGUGUGGAAGCUGCCUGAAGAUCAAAGUGUUACCAUGCUCAUCUGGAGUUGAAACAGGCUCAUCCAGGUUUGGAUGUCUGUACAUGGCUUCUAUCGGCAGUCCGCCCAUCAAAGUCCCGUCCACCGGCUGCUCCCGGCUCUGCAAUGCAACUGUUACGACACCAGCGUGCUGUAAAGGUUUCUAUGGUCCUGACUGUCGUCCCUGUCCAGGUGGAUACCAGACGCCGUGCUCAGGACACGGUCAGUGUAUGGAGGGCAUCAAAGGAAACGGGUCAUGUGCCUGUGAUCCUAACUUCCGCGGCUCUCGCUGUCACUUCUGCUCCAGAACCGAUAAACAUGGACCAACCUGUGACAAGACGUGUGUGUGUGCCCACGGACAGUGCGACAACCGUCCGGACUCAGACGGGCGCUGUAGAGCCGACUCGUGUCUGCCGGGCUUCACCGGUCCGUUCUGCGACCGGCAGACGGCGGCGUGCGGCGCCCAGGCCCGGUUCUGCCACGCCCACGCUGACUGCGACUUCAGUCAAGGGACGGCCAGGUGCGUGUGUAAACCUGGUUAUCAGGGCGAUGGGAUCACGUGUGUGGAGUCCGACCCGUGUGCCCCCCCGCUCCGUGGCGGCUGCAGCGUGAACGCUAAAUGUAUAAGGACAGGACCUGGGACUCACUCCUGCCAGUGUCUGACCGGAUGGAGGGAGGACGGAGACGAGUGUCAAUCAAUCAACAACUGUGACGGCCCGGACGCCGGCGGCUGUCACCCCAACGCCACCUGCAUCUACGUCGGCCCCGGACAGAGUGACUGCAGCUGUAAACAUGGAUACCAUGGAACCGGACGAGACUGUGAAGCUGUGAAUCCGUGUGUCACCGUGAGCGGAGGCUGCCAUUACCUGGCGAGCUGUCUGCUGCUGUCCUCUCAGUGGACGUGUGUCUGUGACGAAGGUUACGUUGGAGAUGGCCGGAUGUGUUUCGGGAGCGUGGAACAGGAGCUGAUGGCGCUGCCCGAGAUGUCCGAGUUUUUCAAGUGGACAACUGACUCCGGUGUGUCUCUAUCGGAUCAGAACAUCACCCUCCUGGUUCCGACUUCUGCUGCUGUCGACAAAAUGUCUUCAGACGACAAGAACUUCUGGACGAGAAAGGGAAACCUGCCGAGUCUCAUCAGAAAUCACAUGAUCCCUGGAAACUAUCCUUCUGCCAGCUUGAGCACCACUUCCACUGUGACCUCACUUCUCAAGGGAACGUUCCCUGUUUCUACAGCCAAUGAGAUCACAACUGUUGGUGGCGCCACCAUCACCACAUCCGAUAUUGCUGCUACCAAUGGACUGAUCCACAUUAUCGAUAAGGUUCUGGUUCCCGACAGGAAGCUGAGUGAAGGGCUGCUGGCGACACUCGCUCUGAGACCCGAGUUCUCGCUCUUCAGAUCAUAUCUCAUUGAUUAUAACCUGACGGACGAGAUCGAACAGGGUGAUGGAUUCACCGUCUUCGCUCCAACAGAUGCCGCCAUCAACGACUACCUGAAGAAAAUGGCUGCAGCUGCUCUGGACGUUAAUACGACUCGGUACCAUGUGGUGGCAGCAGAGCGCCUGUUAAAGACCGACCUGCAGCCUGGAGGUUACAAGCCGACGCUGCUGGGGUUCUCUUUCCAACUCGCCAUCGUCCUCCGAGAGGGAAAGCUGUUAGUGAACGACGCUCAGAUUAACUCGUCCAACAUCCUGAGCGGUAACGGCGUGAUUCACGGUCUGUCGGCCGUUCUCCGGAUCAACAGGAACCGCUGCGAUGAAGCUACGUAUCAGAAGGUCACGGCAACAUGCUUGGACUGUUUGUUCCCAACCAGAAAGAUCUGCCCCAACAACUCCAUCCCAGACAAAUCCGUGCGGAGCAGGAAGUGUAUGUUCAGCCGCAUGUUUGAAGGAGAGCGCCUGUUGACCAUCGGCUGCCGACCCACCUGCCUUCAGAAGAACAUUGUCCAAGCGUGUUGUGGCGGGUUUUUCGGGAAGCACUGCGAGCCUUGCCCAGGGGCACAGGGUCGGCCCUGCUUCGGGAACGGAGUGUGUAUGGACGGGACGAACGGAACCGGAGUGUGUCAGUGUAACCAAGGUUUCAACGGGACGGCGUGUGAAACCUGCCAGAGCGGCAAAUAUGGUGUCCACUGUGAUCAGGACUGCAGAUGUAAAAACGGACGCUGUCACGAAGGCGUCUCGGGCGACGGGACGUGUGAGUGUGAUGUCGGGUGGCGAGGAAUCCUCUGUGACGAAAAAGUCGAGUCGGCGGCUGACGAGUUGUGCGGCUCAGUGAAAUGUCACACAAGUGCAAAUUGUGUGAUCGGACCGUCCGGACCUCGGUGUCUCUGCGCUGCUGGCUUCCAGGGAAACGGGACUUCCUGUCAAGCUACAGACGCGUGUGAGCAGGAUAACGGCGGCUGUGGUCAGUUCUCCGUCUGUAAGAGGACGCGCCCGGGACGCAGGGACUGUGUCUGUAGCACCGGGUACCAUGGAGACGGACUCGUGUGUGUUGAGAUAAACCCCUGUCUGGGGGGAAGCGGAGGUUGUCAUGCCAACGCAGACUGCAUCCACGUCGGGCCGAACAAAACGUCCUGCUCCUGCAGUGAGGGUUACUCAGGCGACGGACAGAACUGUCACAUGAUCAACUUGUGUCAAAAGAAAAAUGGCGGCUGUCAUCAGUUUGCUCGCUGUAACAUGAGCGGUCCGGGCGUCCGUACCUGCAGCUGCAGGUCCAACUUCCUGGGAGACGGACUCACAUGCAGAGGCACCGUGGGCAAGGAAAUCCUGACGAGGAAGCUGCGAGACUUUUACCUCGGCCUGAUGAUGAUGGAGAUUUCUCUGAAAGGUCGCGGCCCGUUCACCGUCUUUCCACCGAGCGGUGACGCCUUCGCAGUGGACAGAGUGAGCGGCAAGAUGAAAUCUCUGAUGUUGGAGAAGUCUAAAGAGCGCUACGCCUCCGUCCUGCGAAGCCACAUCGUGAUGUGUCACACGCUGCUGCCCGCCGACCUGAGUCGCCCCCGAAACCUGACGUCUCUGUCCGGACUCGUCCUGUCCACCAGAUCAAGCCAGGGAAAGAUCUUCAUCAACGAAGCUAACGUGACGUACAGCGACGGCCUCAGCGUCAAUGGGAUUUUCCACGAGAUCGACAAGAUCCUGUUUCCUCCAGACGUCGACAAAUAUUCAGAUCCCAACAUCGCAAUGAAUCUGACCGAUGUGGCCGAACGUCAUGGAUACACACACUUCUACAAGCUGCUCGAGGACACAGGCGUGAUGGACCUGGUGAACGAUGGGAUGUACCAGCCACUCACGCUCUUCCUGCCGUCAGACGGGGUGAUGGCGUCUCUGCCUCAGCAGCAGAAGGACUUCCUGUUCCACCAGGACAACCGCCUUCAGCUGAUGGAGUACCUGAAGUACCACAUCCUGCACAGCCAGAAGAUUUACGCUGAAGGUUUGAUCUAUCUGGACUCGGCCCGGACGCUGCAGGGUUCACCUCUCUCCUUCGUCUGCGGAGGGACAGACAGCAUCGGAGAAAUCUUCGUUAACGACGGGAAAUGUCGCAUCGUCCAACGACACCUCGUGUUUAAUGGUGGCAUCGCUUACGGGAUCGACUGCCUUCUGACUCCGCCCAGCCUCGGAGGACGCUGUGAUGAACAGACCUCCUUUGAACUCCGGAUGAGUUGUGGAGUUUGCACGUCCUCAGCGUCUCGCUGUCCCAAAGGCUCCAAACUGAAGGAGAUCCAGAAGUGUGACCUUCCCAGCAUGUUCGUCACCAGGAACUCCGGCUGCCUCAGCGUUUGCACCGUCAACUUCUGGCAGCCAAAGUGUUGUCCUGGUUACCACGGACGAGAUUGUUUGGCGUGUCCAGGGGGCGUCGGCUCCUCCUGCAGUAACCAUGGUAAAUGUGAUGACGGUCACCUUGGCAACGGCACCUGCACCUGUGACGCAGGCUUUGGGGGCGUGGCCUGUGAGCAGUGCAGUGAUGGGUUCUACGGGCCCACCUGUAAAGCCUGCAGCUGCUCCGCCCACGGGCCGUGUGACGAGGGGCGUAAAGGAACGGGGGCGUGUCUGUGUGAGGCGGGCUGGAGCGGCGAGCGGUGUGACACUGAGCAGAGUCACGUCUCUGUGUGUUCUCCACCUUGUUCUCCUAAAGCCGUCUGCACGGAAAACAGCACCUGCGUGUGUCGGCCAUUUUAUGAAGGAGAUGGAUUCACCUGCACAGUGGCGGCCAUGUGCGGGGUCUGGAAUGGCGGUUGUGCUAAAGGCGCUAAGUGUUCUCAGAUAGGAGAGGUGGUGACCUGCACGUGUCCUAAAGGUCACUCUGGGGACGGGUUCACCUGUCAGCCCGUUGACCCCUGCGUCUCUGGAGACAACGGCGGCUGCCAUGAACACGCCACCUGCAUCAUGACUGCCCCGGGAAAGAAGAAGUGCUCGUGUAAAGACAAUUACAUCGGUGAUGGCGUGACCUGUGAGGUCAGACAGCUGCCAAUCAGCCGCUGUCUCCAAGGGAACGGACGCUGUCAUCAAGAUGCCAAAUGUACAGACCUGCACUUUGAAGAUGCGACUCUCGGUGUGUUUCACCUCCGCUCAGACAGGGGGCAGUACAAACUGAACUUCAGUUUUGCGCAGCAAGCGUGCGGUGCAGAGGGGGGGGCCCUGGCCACGUACACGCAGCUGUCCUAUGCUCAGGAGGGUGGACUCAACAUGUGUGCUGCCGGCUGGUUGGACCAGGCCCGGGUGGCGUAUCCUACCACCUACUCCAACCCCAACUGCGGCUUCGGGCACGUGGGCAUUGUGGACUACGGAGUCCGCAAGAACCUGAGCGAGUCGUGGGACGUGUACUGCUACCGGAUGAAAGAGGUCAGGUGUGAGUGUCAGGUGGGUUACGUUGGAGACGGGUUCAGGUGCACAGGAAACCUGCUGCAGGUGCUCAUGUCCACGCCGACCUUCUCCAACUUCCUCAAGCAAAUCCUCAGCUGCUCAGAGGCCUCGCUGUCAGGGAAGCAGUUUGUGAAGCGUCUGAGCAACUUGACGGUUCAGUCCACGCUGUUCGUACCCGACAACACCGGACUGCCUGACAACCAGACUCUGUCUCAGUGGGACAUUGAGUACCACCUGUCCCUACCUGUCCUCACCUGUCCUUGUGUCCCUGCAGACUCUGUCUCAGUGGGACAUUGAGUACCACCUGUCCCUACCUGUCCUCAUCUGUCCUCGUGUCCCUGCAGACUCUGUCUCAGUGGGACAUUGAGUACCACCUGUCCCUACCUGUCCUCACCUGUCCUCGUGUCCCUGCAGACUCUGUCUCAGUGGGACAUUGAGUACCACCUGUCCCUACCUGUCCUCACCUGUCCUUGUGUCCCUGCAGACUCUGUCUCAGUGGGACAUUGAGUACACCUGUCCCUACCUGUCCUCACCUGUCCUCGUGUCCCUGCAGACUCUGUCUCAGUGGGACAUUGAGUACCACCUGUCCCUACCUGUCCUCACCUGUCCUCGUGUCCCUGCAGACUCUGUCUCAGUGGGACAUUGAGUACCACCUGUCCCUACCUGUCCUCAUCUGUCCUUGUGUCCCUGCAGACUCUGUCUCAGUGGGACAUUGAGUACCACCUGUCCCUACCUGUCCUCACCUGUCCUUGUGUCCCUGCAGACUCUGUCUCAGUGGGACAUUGAGUACACCUGUCCCUACCUGUCCUCAUCUGUCCUUGUGUCCCUGCAGACUCUGUCUCAGUGGGACAUUGAGUACCACCUGUCCCUACCUGUCCUCACCUGUCCUUGUGUCCCUGCAGACUCUGUCUCAGUGGGACAUUGAGUACCACCUGUCCCUACCUGUCCUCACCUGUCCUCGUGUCCCUGCAGACUCUGUCUCAGUGGGACAUUGAGUACACCUGUCCCUACCUGUCCUCAUCUGUCCUUGUGUCCCUGCAGACUCUGUCUCAGUGGGACAUUGAGUACCACCUGUCCCUACCUGUCCUCACCUGUCCUCGUGUC